GGAGUGUUUGGAACACGACACAAUAUCGAUCAAUCUAUCUAACUACAUCUAACUAGUACCCAAACAAGCAUUGUCAAUCGACUAUGGAGGGUGAGAUUCGGUGCUCUGCUAACUAUGUUCCUCUGUCUCCGAUCAGCUUCUUGGAGCGUUCGGCCAUAGUUUACAGUGACCGAGCUUCGGUUGUUUACGGAAGUGUGCAAUACACUUGGUCCCAAACGUUUCAACGAUGCAAACGACUGGCUUCUGCCAUAGCCCACUUGGGAAUUUCUUCACGAGAUGUGGUUGCUGUACUCGCUCCAAAUAUUCCAGCAAUGUAUGAGCUACACUUUGGAGUUCCAAUGGCAGGAGCCAUUCUUUGUACACUUAACAUACGCCAUGACUCGGCAAUGGUGUCAGUAAUACUAAGCCAUUCAGAAGCCAAGGUCUUCUUUGUUGAUUACCAAUUCCUCCACAUUGCUCAGGGAGCCAUUGACAUCUUAUCCAAAAAAGGUUCCAAGCCACCCCUUCUAGUCUUAAUUCCAGAAUGUGUUGAUCAAAUAUCAACCAACAUCAGUAGCAGCAACAGCAGCGCCAUUUCCGCACCUGCAAAUUUAGAAUAUGAGCGUCUUAUAUCAAUGGGGAAUCUUGAUUUUGAGGUUAGAAGACCAAAAGAUGAAUGGGAUCCAAUCUCACUCAACUAUACUUCUGGCACAACAUCUAGCCCAAAGGGUGUCAUUUACAGCCACAGAGGUGCAUAUCUCAAUUCAUUGGCAGGGAUUCUUCUCAAUGAAAUGCACUCGAUGGUUGUCUAUUUGUGGUGUGUUCCCAUGUUUCACUGCAAUGGUUGGUGUCUCCCAUGGGCAAUUGCUGCUCAAGGUGGUACAAACAUCUGCCUAAGGAGUGUCACUGCAAAGGGGAUUUUUGACUCUAUAGCUCAACACAAGGUAACCCACAUGGGAGGAGCACCCACGGUUUUAAACAUGAUCAUAAAUGCAUCAGAGUCAGACCGGAGGCCACUUCUAUCCAAGGUAUCAAUCAUGACAGGCGCUGCCCCACCACCCCCAUCGCUCCUUUACAAGAUGGAAGAACUGGGAUUCAUUGUGACUCAUGCUUAUGGUCUGACUGAAACAUAUGGCCCUGGAGCUGUUUGUACUUGGAAACCUGAGUGGGAUUCUUUACCAAAAGACGCACAGGCGAAGCUAAAGGCGCGGCAGGGUGUUCAACAUCUUGGCAUUGAGGAACUAGAUGUGAAAGACCCUGUGACACUGAAGAGUGUACCAGCUGAUGCAAAGACAAUAGGUGAGGUUAUGUUUAGAGGCAACACUGUCAUGAAUGGAUACUUGAAAAAUGUCAAAGCAACACAAGAGGCUUUUGAUGGUGGUUGGUUUCGAAGUGGGGACUUGGGAGUGAAACACCCAGAUGGUUAUGUCGAACUAAAGGAUAGGUCCAAGGAUAUCAUCAUUUCUGGGGGAGAAAAUAUAAGCACAAUUGAGGUUGAAUCCGUACUUUAUAGCCAUCCGGCGGUUCUUGAGGCUGCGGUUGUGGCAAGGCCUGAUUAUCACUGGGGAGAGACACCUUGUGCCUUUGUGAAUUUGAAGAGUGGUUGUAAUGUUAGUGGUGAUGAGAUUAUUAGCUUUUGUAGAAGUCGUUUGCCUCAUUACAUGGCUCCGCGGACUGUUGUUUUUCAGGAUUUGCCAAAGACUUCUACUGGAAAGGUGCAAAAGUUUGUUCUUAGAGAGAAGGCCAAGUCCAUGGGAAGCCUCACAGAGAAGAAUACCAGUAAACUGUAAGGCAACCUGAAUUAAUAUGAUCAUUUUUAUUUAUUGAAAAAAAUCAUGAAUGCCGUGGUUUGAACUAUUGUGUUGGAAUGAAUAAUAUGGAGGUGAUGACAUCUAAUAAUGUGAAAGUGUACUAAGUAAUAGCCUUAUUUUUUAUCUUGGAAUAAAAAAAGCUGCAUUGGAAA